AGUUCACUCCCCGAAGCGGCUCGGAUGCUCUUGCUGCCGCUGCUCAUCCCAUCUUGAAACCCCAAACCCCCCAACCCACGCCGAACCCGUCCCCCGUCCCGACCGAGAUUCCGCGAGAUCCCGCCGCCAUGGUGGCUGCCGGGGCCGCGGCGCCCCGGCCGAACCCUUCCCCGUCGCCGCACCGCCGCCGCGCCGCCUCCGCGCUCUCCCCGUCCAAAUCCACCAACGGCAAUGCCGACGCCAGGAGCAGCAAGCCCAAGGCCAAGGCCGUCCCGUCCCGCUACCUCCUCGCGCCCUCCUCCAAAUCGACCUCAACUUCCACCUCGACCUCGACCACCACCACCUCCUCCUCGACCUCGACAUCGGCCUCCACGCCCUCCCGCCGCUUCGCGUCGCCGCUGCCGAGGCGGUCCGCGUCCGUCGACCGGUCGCGCCCUGCGGGCAAUGCCGCCGCUGGCGAGGCCGCGGGGCUCAAUGGGGCUACCACUACGACUACGAGGAGCCUCUCCGUCGCCUUCCAGGGCCGGUCCUACUUCCUGGAGACCAGCAAGGCGAAGCCUGCCUCGUCCCCUUCGCCUGUGCGUCGGCCUGUGGUGACCUCGGCUGCUUCCACCACGCCGGAACGGAGGAGGCCUUCUGUGGGUACGGUGCCAGAGAGGGGGAAGGGGUUCGAAGGAGGCCAUAGCCACCAGAGGUGGCCAAUGUCGGCACAUGGGUUUGAAGGGAAUCCACUUACCAAGAGCUUGGACUGCUCUUUGGACAAGAGGGGUGCUGCUGUCCUGGCUGCUGUCCGUUCGUUGCGGCAGUCGAUGGCGUUCGACGAGGGGGUGCGACGCCCUUCGUUUGAUGGUGGGGAUUACUUGAUGUCAUCAGACACAGAGAGCUUGUCGUCAGGGAGCAAUUCUGGGUCCCAGGAUGCCGGCAAUGGUAUUGCCAACAGAGCACGUCGGUCGCCAAAGGGGAUGAGUGUGCCCGCACGGUUCUUGCAGGAUGCUGCGGGCAGCAGGUUGCAUCGGUUUGCCGACCCAGGCACACCAUAUGUGACCCAUAAUUCUGGGCUGGCAUCAUCGCCUCGGACAGCCCCUGUGAAGAAAUCACUGCUGAAUGGGUUUGCUUCGUCUCCACUGAACAGACCUGUCAGGCAGUCUUCACCAAGUAAGCUUGUGGGCAAUUCAUCCAGGAGAAUGUCAAGUCCAUCACGUGCGAGGAACUCUGUAGGCGCGAGCGCAUCACUGGGAGAUCAACAGGGAAGAAGCUCGUCUGGUUACGGUAUUGAUGGCCAAGCAAGGAGAAGGUGGCUUGGGGGUAGCAAGGUUGAUGGGGAGCACCUUUUGAGAGUUUUGUGCAAUCGACAUUUGCAGUGGCGGUGUGUAAAUGCGCAGGCAGAUGCUGCACUUGCUUCACAGAAGAUGACUGCGGAGAAAGACUUGUGUGAUGCAUGGAUUACUACCCUAGGCAUGCGUAAAUCUGUUGCUCUUAAAAGGUUUCAGCUACAAUUAUUCCGAAACAAUUGGAAACUCAUGACAGUUCUGAAGGGGCAGAUGGCGUAUCUGGAGGAGUGGCCUUCAUUAGAGCCGGACUAUGCAGAUUCUUUAUCUGGAAUUGUGGAUGCUCUAACUGCUACCAUUCUUUGCCUUCCUGUUACCGAUGGAGCAAAGGCUGAUAUCCAAGAUGUGAAAAAUUCUGUUGGCUCUGCAGUUGAUAUCAUGCAGACAAUAGGAAAUUCAAUAUGUACUUUACUGGCUAAGCUAUCUGGGACAAGUAUUUUGGUGUCUGACCUUGCAAAAAUUGCUAUGCAAGAACGUUUGCUAAUGGAUCAGUCCAGGGAAUUGCUGUCCACAGUUGCAUCAAUGCACGUCAAAUACUGUAGCCUACAAGGGCAGCGAGUACAGACAAGUCACAGGAGGCUCAAGCAUUCCUAGUUGACACUACCUCACCCACAGGAGGCUCAAGCAUUCCUAGUAGACAGACUACUCUUAACUCACUAACCAGAGAGCGUAGGCGCAGUUGCUAAAUCUAAUGGCUUGCUGGGUGCCCACUGAGCGACACGACUCUUUUGAAGAAGUUGGAUCGGCCGGUCAAUGCAGUCUAAUCAAGUUCCAGUGCUCUUGUCAAGGUUGGGGCUCGCUAGGUUCUGAUCGCUGAAUGUAACCAAGCUAAGGCCUAAUCUAUGCAAAACAGAUGAAGUACGACGUGUAUAUAUAGCUGUAGUUGCUUUUCUUGGUUUUAGAUGAGCAUUAGGUCUAAUACUAGCUAGCUAGUUAGAUUGGGUUCUUCCUUGUUCGUCAGAUGACCUUCUGCGCCAUGGCAAUGCAAUAUAUCUUUCUGUUGGUACUCAA